CUCCUCCCUGCCAUCUUGUGACGCAGCUCCAAGUCUACAGCAAACACAGCCCGCUCUGCCUGCUCGGCUCGUCGCUGGAAAAGGAAGGGGGAUACAAAAUGCUGAAGAUCAAUCAACUUCCAGAAGAUGCUCUACUGUAUAUUCUGACAUUAGUCCCUGCCACUGAUUUAAUUCGAUACAGACAUGUAUGUACAGUGUGGAGGAACUUAAUUGACUCCCCAACCCUGUGGAAAACAAAAUGUCUGCGUAUGGGAUACAUCUCAAAAGACUGCAAAAAAUCUCCUCAUGACUGGAAAAUAUUUUAUCAUAUCUGGAAUUUGAAAAGAAACUUAUUGCAAAACCCACAUGCUGAAGAUUCCUUCAAUUCUUGGACAAUUGAACAGAAUGGUGGAAAUCUGUGGAAAGUUGAGGAUCUGCCAGGAGACUGUGGUGAACCAUUUCCCGAUCAUCAAAUUAAAAAAUACUUUGUUACUUCUUAUGAGGAGUGCAAAAAAUCUCAGCUGAUUCAACUCAAGAGAAUGGGAUACCAAGAUAAGCUGAUUGAUAUUGUACAGCCAGACAUUGUAAUUGAGGACUGGUAUGCACCAAGAUGGGAUUGUGGCUCAACAUAUGAAAUAGUGGUUCAGCUGCUUUCCAAACAUAAAAAAAUAUUAAAAGAAUUUCGUCCAAACGUGGUUAGGAUGGAAAGUCAGAGUGAUGCCCAGUGGAAGCAGAUGAAAUACAUCUUCCACAAUUAUGGACCAGGUGUACGCUACAUAUAUUUUCAACAUGGUGGACAUGACACACAGUUCUGGGCUGGCUGGUAUGGAGUCAGAGUAACAAACAGCAGUGUCACUAUAGAACCUGAGAAUCUAAACUAAGAUGAACUGUUACCACAGAGUGUUUUUCUUUUUCUGAUUCAUCAGCAUUCCUGAACAGCAUUAUUCAAACUUAAUAUAUGGGUCAUUUGGCUUCCCACUGAAUAUGAUUGCUGAGUUGCCAUGUGAAAUAUGUACAUGUACUGUAUAUAAAGCACCAAGAACUACACACACACAUAAUAAAUGUACCCCUUACUGCGGGGGGAACAUUCCAAUCUAAAAAAAGAGUUGGAAAAAUGUUCCUGGGAGGUGCAACAUAAGUGUUGUGACUGGCCAUUUGGUAGCCCCUAUGUGGACAGACAGCCCACAGAACUGAUUUAUAUGCAACCGCUAAAAAGUUUUGGAGGAACCCGGAAGUAACGUCAUUCAGUUGAACACAGAUGUCAUGAAAAUCUUACUGUGCAUGCGUUCCCAGGAAUUUAAUGAGACCCUGCAAAAAAAAAUGGUGAGAGUGCUCAAAACAUCUGGAGAAUUCGGUCAAAUGUUGGAAGACCAGGGGGGAGAGUACCAAAAUCUGGUUACUCCAAAAGAAAUGAUAGUGUGAAUGAUAAGGAUAUUAAAGGGGAUGUAAAGUCUUACUAUUAAGUUAAGGGAUUCUGAUAGAAUAUACAAUAUACAUGCUUUACUUCUUACUGUUGUGAAGAUAAAGGACCGCGUGUCUUCAGCUCUAAAAGGCAACCUAAAAGCUUGGGCAGUGGCCGGCCAUCCCUAUCACUCACUGCAGCCAAAGCCAGUCGGAAGAGAGAAUAUACAGGCAGCAACAAGCAUGUUUGUCUCUGAUUGGCUGCUGCUGUGUCUGAGCAGUACCAAAACGAUUUGGUUCAGCAGAAGCAAAGCCAGGAGCUAACUGAGGCUGCCUGUGGCUGCAGGGGAAAACGGUUGAUUAUUUCAACAACAGUAAGAAUAAAGUAAAACAUUUGUAUUGGAAAGUUGCUUGUUUUUAGGGAUCCUUUAAGUUAACUUUUAUUAUGUUAUAGAAUAUCUAGUUCUCGGCGAAUUUCAGUUGGCCUUCAUCUUUUAUAGUUUUUUUUAAUUAUUUCCCUCCUUCUGACUCUCCAAUUUAAAUGUGGUUCACUGACCCCAUCUAAAAAACAAAUGCUCUUUAAAACACAGCAAGUCCAGUUUAUUUGACUUAUUUCUACAGAUAUACCAUGACCUAGAUGAAUAUGAAUCUUCACAAACAAAAUGCUCUUUAAAGCUACAAGAGUAUUGUCAUUGCUACUUUUUAUUACUUAUCUUUGUAUUCAGGCCCCUCUCAUUCAUAUUGCAGUGCCAUGUUCAAAUCAAUGCAUUUCAGAUUCCUGAAAGCUACCGAAUAAAAAGUUAACUCAAAAACCACAAGUAAUAAAGAAUGAAAACGAAUUGAAUAAGAAUAUAAAUCACUACAUCAUAUUAAGGGGCUGAUUCACUAAGCUCGAGUGAAGGAUUCGAAUGAAAAAUACUUCGAAUUUCGAAGUAUUUUUUUGGUACUUCGACCAUUCGAUAGUCGAAGUACUUGCCCUUUAAAAAAAACUUCGACCCCCUACUUCGGCAGGUAAAACCUACCGAAGUCAAUGUUAGCCUAUGGGGAAGGUCCCCAUAGGUUUGCUAAUCUUUUUUUGAUCGAAGGAUUUUCCUUCGAUCGUUGAAUUAAAAUCGUUCGAUCGAACGAAAAAUCCUUCGAUCGAUCGAUCGCAGGAUUAGCGCUAAAUCCUUCGACUUCGAUAUUCGAAGUCGAAGGAUUUCAAUUCGAGGGUCGAAUUUCGAAGUAUUUUUAACUUCGAAAUUCGACCCUUAGUGAAUCUGCCCCUAAAUGUUCAUUUAAAUGUGAAUAACCCUUUUAAUGGGAAGACUUUACAUACCCUUUUUAAGUUUCUGAGAAAUUCUGUGACAGCAUAAAAGCACAAGAAAAGUUGCAGGCAGAGUUAUACAGGGAACUCCGAAGUGGUAAUUUCUCAACACACCAGAAUAUUGAGGCAAUUCAUUAUGGUGUCCAAUGAGUAUAUCCUGCUUAUUUCAGUGAAUGACGUGCAACUGCUAACUUUUGGCACCCCUGUGAUUUAACCUUUCUUCUCCUUCAAUAGCUUUGCACCUACUUGUUUACAUUAUUACUCUUCAGCACCUGUGUGAAAUAAAGACUCACUUCAGAAUA